AAAAAUCAGAACCAAUGAAUGGAUAAGUAAAUAUAUGUAGUCUCCUUUACUUCAAGGAUAAAAUAACUAGAAAACCAUUGGCUGGAGAGUCCAUAGUAGCAAAAAGACCACUGGUUUAUCACUCUUUUGUUUCUCCCCUUUAACUCUUUGCUUCUUUUGAUCACUGCCUAUAUAUUAACCAUUAGUCCCAAACUCUAAAUAUCAUCUUCAGUACUAUCAAAUCUACUACUAGGCACUAGCAAUCCAAAAUUUCAGAAAAGCAAAAGCAAGAUUUCAUAUAUCAAAACUCAAGUAGAAAAAAGAGUUUUUAGAAAGAAAACCAUAUAUCAUGAGUUCAAGCAGGAGAGCAUGGAUAGUAGCAGCGAGUGUUGGAGCAGUGGAAGCUUUAAAAGACCAAGGUUUUUGUAGAUGGAAUUACCCUUUGACGUCCUUUGCUCAGCACGCUAAGAAUAAUAUGAGAUCUUACUCUCAAGUUAAGAAGCUUUCUUCUACUUCUUCCUCCUCACUGAUUGCAAGGAGUGAGAAGGCAAAGCAAUCUGAAGAGUCUUUGAGGAAAGUUAUGUACUUGAGCUGUUGGGGUCCCAACUGAUCUUAUUUUCUUCUUCAUUAGAUUCCUUCAUCGUCAUUUUUACAGAGACUUGAAGAUUUUCAAGUUGAAAAAGGGGGAAAAAAGGAAUAUGAUGUAGAAAAUGACUGUAAAUAGAAUAUAAAGGCAUGCGACCUUACGAUUA